AUGCUGCAGCAGCAGCAGCAGCAGAUGCCCGCGGAUGUUGCUGCAGCAGGAGCUGCAGCUCUGGCGGGAGCCGAGGCAGCAAAGACACCCCCCAGCAGCAUUAGCAGCAGCAGCAGCGGCAACACCAGGAGCAGCAGCAGCAGCCACAAAGCUGACUCUGCGCCCACGAAACGGAAGCCGGCGGACCGCAGCAGCAGCAGCAGCAGCAGCAGCAGGAAAGUGAAGCGGCAGAAGAGCGCAUCCGCUGCGGCUGAUGCUGGAUCUGAGAGCAGCAGCAGCAGCGGCAGCAGCAGCAGCGACGAUGAUAGCAGCAGCAGCAGCAGCAGCAGCAGUGGCAGCGAGACGUCCUCGGAGGAUGAGCAGGAGAUGGCGCUGCUGCAGCAGAAGGAGCAGCAGCAGCUGCUGCCGCUGGUGCAGCAGGUGCUGCAGCAGCUGCGCAGCAUGUUUGAAGAUCAGCUGCAGCAAGCAGCAACUUUGAGAAAGAAGCAAAUUGAGCUGACGGGUAUUUGCCCCAUUACAAACCAGGGGACCCCCAACUCGCUGCUGCUGCGGCCGCCACCGCCCCACAUCCCAUACAGCAAACUUCUGAAGUGUCACAAGUUCU